CUUGUCGUCGAAGAGGAGACACGCGUGCGACACCCGCGCACAUAAUACACGCAACGACACAAACACCCACACAUACGUGUACAUAUAGAUACAUGUAUACGUAAUAAUAUCUGCACGAGAUAGUAUACAUACAAAGAAAGAAAGAAAGGAAAAAAAAAAGAAAAAAAAAAGAAGGUAUCAGUAAGAGCAUGUGCAUUACCCAUACGUAGAAGCGUGGGCGAAGUUACAGCGAAGGGAGUUACAAUAAUUUGUAUACGGUAUGUACAGUACAGUAAUCGAAUAAUCUGCGCGUAGGAAAGAUGUCGCGUGAAUUUAUUGCGCGUUUGACAGUUUUGCUGGUGUCAUUAGUAGCAGCCACAAGUGCCUGUAACCAGGCGGUUUGCGGCAGCAUAGUUAGCAAGUGUUUAUUGACUGAGAGCUGCAAGUGCGACUUGAAGACUUGCAGCUGCUGCAAGGAGUGCUUUUUCUGCCUGAGCUACCUCUACGACGAGUGCUGUUCGUGCGUCGAUCUCUGUCCAAAGCCGAACGCGACGGCACGGAAUCCCCUCGGCGCAAAGUCCCACAUCGAGGAACUGGACGAACCGGUUCCAGGACUCUUCCAGGCUCUGACCAUGGACCCCGAUCCUCAGGAGAGGUGGACGAGCUUCAGCUUCCCGGUCGACUUUGACGCCUCGCUCUUCGACUCAAGGCCCGAGUUUAUGUAUCACAUCGGCGAAGACUCCAGGCACCGGGGCACCGUCUCCGGUCCUCGAAACGCGAGAAUCGUGACGCUGAAUUGCACGGUUGCCUUCAUAGCGCGAUGCAACUCCUGGAACAAGUGCCAGACAACGUGCCAGAGCAUGGGAGCAGCCAGCUACAGGUGGUUUCACGACGGAUGCUGCGAAUGCGUAGGCGACACCUGUAUAAACUACGGCAUAAACGAGUCCCGGUGCAGGCUUUGUCCUACGGUUAAUCGGGUGGCGGAUGACGAGUACGACGACUACGGGCAGGGGGAUGACGACGACGACCAGGAUAACUUGGAGGAUUAUCUUUUGGAGGAGAUUCGGGAUUAGGAAUAUUAAUACCGCAGCCGGAAAGGUUCGCGCUUCACUAACGACCUGAUGAUAUAGCCUCGAGGGUCUCUGGACUAGAAAAUAUUAGUUAGACCUAGAAAUUUGACGGAUUCUAAUUUUACACCUACUCGGAUUUCGUAGAAUUGAAGAAAAUUUUUAUCAUAAUUAUCGCGUCCGAGGUACACGCGGCGCAUCCCUCGAGGUUCCUUGAUAAUUAAUUUUAUAUAUCGUUAAGACGAUAGUGCAUCAAUAAUUGUACCAUAUCUGAAAAUCGUUCGUUUCGAAAUUGUGAUAUAUUUUUAAUUUUACGAGAAAAAAACAACGACUUUGACGCGCUCGCGUGUUUUUCUUCACCUUCUUCUCGAACGUUUUAUACGAAUAAUAUUGUUUCACACGUAUAAAUCACUGUGUAUAUGUAUAGAUAUAAUAUAUGUGAAUACAAUUGUCUGGUUAUAAUCAUACACUGCGUAGAGUUAAUUGAUAGUUUUCAAGCAUUUUAACGAUUUAGUAACAUGUGUAUCUCAAAUUAUUAACAAUACACGCACGUUUCGUUAUACUUCUAAACUAGUAAUUUAUCCAUCACGCUACUUUAAUAAACAAAUAUUAUAAUAUUAUCCCUUCGUAAGGUUUAUUUAUAGAGCGGUACCUGAAAUUACCAAAAUUUUUUUCCAAACCGUGUACACGUAGAACGAUAUUAUAUGUAUACACCUACGGUUAUACUAACAAAGUAUUCGCACAUUUAUCUGUA